AUGUCCCCCACCAGGUCAACUCGCAACGAACGAGGUACAGGGUGGUCUACUAGUAGACGCGCCUACAGAACUCGAGGCGAUAUGUGGAUUAACCUCGAAUUGAAUUUCUACGGGUAUACUGAAGGUCAAUUCGUAAACGAAUUUUUGACUAUCAAUCAGUUCCGGAAUCAAGUUGUCCGCAGCCUAAACAUAAACGAUGGCUUCCCAAUUCCAGAGAACUGGACAAUCGAACUUUACUACAAUGACAGAAUAUUACCACGAACAGACGAACCCACCACUAGCAUUUUCGAUGGAGGAGAGACCGUCACUGUCAGUAUCUUUGACGCGGAGGAUCAAGAACUUGUAUAUGAUCCGGUUGAAGGAUGGGUCUAUUAUGAUGCAUGA